AUGGCCAACACCACAGCGCAUGAUGCGCUCGCGAUCCACGGGACCAACCCGCAAUUUCUCGUUGAGCGGGUUAUCCGCACGCGCAUCUACGAUUCUACCUACUGGAAACAGGACUGUUUCGCGCUGAAUGCCGCGUCCCUAGUCGACAAAGCCGUGGAGCUGACGUACGUAGGGGGGACCUACGGCGCACUUCGUCCCAGCCCAUUUCUAUGCCUUGUAUGCAAGCUUUUACAGCUACAGCCGGAUCGGGACAUUGUGCUCGAGUAUCUCGCAGCAGAAGAUCUCAAAUACCUUCGAGCCCUCGCGGCCAUGUACAUUCGACUCACAUUUCCCUCACUGGAGGUGUACGAACUUUUGGAGCCACUUUUAAACGACUACCACAAGUUGCGCUGGCGCGACAUGACGGGACAAUACUCUCUUUCUUAUAUGGACGAGUUCAUUGAUCAACUGCUCACAGAAGAACGCGUGUGCGAUUUAAUAUUGCCAAGACUUACGAAGCGAGCGGUCCUAGAACGCAAGGAGGGCCUGCGACCCCGCACAUCAAAACUUGAGAAUGCCAUGGUGCUUGGCGAGGCUAACGGCCUGGACGAUGAUGCAAAUGACUCCGAUGACUCGAUUCGCGCCAUCCGUUCGGAGCGGCAGCACCGCAUCGCACAGGCCGACGCACUCCGUGCCGAGCGUCAGGCCCUCACCGCGCGUGCACGCGGCGAUAUGGACGAGUACGAGUCGCAGCAGUCUGAGUCCGACGAGGAACGGCUGCACGCACUGUCUCACCUGACCGCACCCCCAUAG